GGCCGUUUUAAGAAGGAGAUAGUGGUGGAUGGACAGAGCAACCUGCUGCUAAUCAGAGAUGAAGGGGGCCCUCCAGAGGCUCAGGUUGGUAAUACAGCUUUAUUAACAUGGCAGUAUCAUCUGCAACAUGCUGCUGUGGAUUGAUUACAGGUGGGUUUCCUGUACACAGAUUAAGCCGAUUUAGCCCUAGACUAAAAAUCCACUUUAAUGGAGAUACUCUAUUGAGCAUCCUUUUUAAUCUAGAACUAGUCUUAAUCUGGGUCCUGGAAACUGAUGCUUCCUAACCUAACCACAAAUGCAGUUUGAACUACUAACCCGAAUACCUUAAAGCUAGAAUCCUUAGUUGAAACAAUAUCAAAGCCCCGCCCCGGUUUUGCUAAAAAGCUAAGGCAUGGGGCUGGAGAAAUGUUAACUCUCAAAUUCAUAGACGGUUAUGGAUGCACGCACUGCUCAUCCAUGAUAUCAAAUGGAUAAUUUUAACCAUGUUUUGAGGCUAUACAGUGUUUCUUUACAUGUAUGUUUACAAACAUUGGAGUAAAACAAUCUUAUAUUUUGGGUUCUGAUGGUGUAUGACAGUAGGACUAAGCUUGAGGCAUAUUCUUCAAGAGUCAAUGGUUAUAUAUCAUUAAUUUAUAAGUCCAAAAAUGGAUGUAUCAACUAACGAUUCUAGCUUUAACCUUACGAUCCUUCUCUCCCUCUCCUCUCUCUCUCUCCCUCUCUUUCUUUCCCCCCUCCCUCUCUCUCUCUCUCUCUCUCUCUCUCUCCUCUCUCUCUCUCUCUCUCUCUCUCUCUCUCUCUCUCUCUCCAGUUUGCCCUGUGGGUGGAUGCGGUGAUAUUUGUGUUCAGUCUGGAGGAUGAGAUCAGUUUCCAGACAGUCUACCAUUACUACAGCCGCAUGGCUAACUACCGCAACACUGCUGAGAUACCUCUGGUGCUGGUGGGAACGCAAGGUGAGACACACACACUGGCAUGCAGAGACACGAGCAUACAUGCACUGUGCAUGAACAGAAUACUAUGUUGCACCAUAGUUCCAUACACCUUCUUGCAUCUUUUCUCCAGCCUCUAUCCGAAAUCACUUCCUUGGAGUGCCACUGCCACCUAAGGGCUGUUUGUAGUUACUGCAAUAAGACAUGCAUUUCCUCUCUAUAAGCACUAGAGGGCGCCACUUGAUUGGCUAUUUCUGUGAUUGCAGAUGCUAUCAGCUCAGCCAAUCCCCGGGUCAUCGACGACACACGAGCACGCAAGCUGUCCAAUGACCUGAAGCGCUGCACCUACUAUGAGACGUGCGCCACCUACGGCCUCAAUGUGGAACGGGUCUUCCAGGACGGUAAGACUACUCCGCCGGAGUUGUUA